UUAUCCAUACCCGGAAUGAAGGACGUGUACAAGAGAAGCGGCUUAGAAAUGAAGGAUAAUGAGCUGAUUGAAGGCCUUGUUGUGCUGCACCCUUGUGUUGUUGCUAUAGCUGUCAAUGGAAGUUCGAAUGGUAAGUGCAUAGUUCAGUGGGCACUGGAGAAAUUUGUUCAUGAGGAUAAUGUGUUGUUCAAGUUGUUACAUAUCCGCCCUAAGUUAACAACAGUUCCCACGUCAACUGCAGUGGGAAAUUUCAUUCCUCUGUCACAAGUGCGCGAUGAUGUAGGGGCUACUUACAUGAGGGAAGUGGAGUGGCAAACUGAUGAAAAACUGAUUCCUUACAAGAAGAUGUGUGCUCAAAGAAAGGUACAGGUAGAGGUUUCACAGAUUGAAUCAGAUGAUGUUGUGAAUGCGAUAGCGGAUGAGGUAACCAGAUGUAGCAUUAAAAGGCUUGUCAUCGGAGCCUCAUCUCGUGGCAUGUUCCUGAGGGGAAGGAAAUUGUGCUCUAGAAUUUCUGAAAGCACCCCAAGCUUUUGCACGGUAUAUGCAGUUUCAAGAGGGAAACUUUCAUCUGUCCGCCCAUCAGAUACAGUGACAAAGAAAAUUAUGAAGGAGGACAUAAGUGCUACAAGUUGUUCUACCAGCAGUUCCUCAGGUUAUAGUUUCAGCUCGCAAGCAGAAUGGACGGAGGCAGACUCAGUUGUUACACACUCUUACUUUCGACCUCCUUCACUGCCAAUACAGCGGUGUCAAGCACUUUCAACUAUAAAUCAAACAUUUCAUUAUACAAAAGCCAAGUCAGUUAGUUAUGACCACUCAAGAAUCUUGUAUCCAGAUAUUGAGAAAACGAGUAAAUUUGGGACUGCUUAUCCCAGCAAUGAAGACCUUGGUUAUGCAGAAGUUUCUAGUAACAGAAACUUGGAUACAGACUGCGAUCAAUGGACAUCUGAGCGAACUUCAACAUCGAGUGCACCAGCUACAGAGUACUCAUCAGAGAACCAGGUCAAUGUUAACUUUGAGUUGGAAAAACUGAAAGUUGAGCUGAGGCAUAUGAAGGAAAUGUAUGCGAUAGCUCAAAGUGAGACAACGGAUGCUUCUCGGAAGAUAAAUGAUCUUAAUAGAAGACGAAUGGAGGAAGCAGUCAAGUUGAAGGAGAUGAUGAAUAAGGAGGAGGAAGCGAGAGUAUUAGCAAAACAAGAAAAAGAGAAAUACAGAGCUGCUAAAACAGAAGCUGAUUAUGUUAAUCAAUGUGCUGAAAGAGAAGUUUCAGAAAGAAAAGAAGCAGAAGCUAGAGCCUUGCGUGAGACAAGGGAGAAAGAAAAGCUCGAAUAUGCUCUAGCUGGAUCUGUACAGCAAUACCAAACAUUCACAUGGGAAGAAAUUGUAUCUGCCACCUCAUCAUUUUCAGAAGAUCUUAGAAUUGGCAUGGGAUCGUAUGGUUCUGUCUACAAAGGCAGUUUGCAUCAUACGAUGGCUGCUGUUAAAGUUCUCCACUCUCAGGAGGUUCAUCGGACCAAAGAAUUCCUGCAGGAGGUGGAGAUCCUUAGCAAAGUUCGUCAUCCACACUUGCUAAUUCUUCUUGGUGCAUGUAUUGAUCAUGGAUGCCUUGUUUACGAGUAUAUGGAGAAUGGGAGCUUGGAUGACAGAUUGUUCCGGAAAGACAGCACUCCUUCAAUCCCAUGGUUUGAGAGGUAUCGUAUUGCUUGGGAAGUAGCUUCAGCACUUGUGUUCCUUCAUAAUGCAAAGCCAAAGCAAGUUAUCCAUCGUGACUUGAAACCAGCAAACAUAUUGCUUGAUCACAAUCUUGUAAGCAAGAUAGGUGAUCUUGGUCUGUCAACAAUGCGUCAGCUCGACUCUAAUUCUCUAUCGACUACUUAUCUAGACACAGGUCCUGUGGGAACCCUUUCCUAUAUAGACCCAGAGUAUCAAAGGACGGGACUGAUAUCUCCAAAAUCUGAUGUAUAUGCUUUCGGGAUGGUUAUACUGCAGUUGCUGACAGCAAAACCGGCCAUUGCAUUAACUCAUCUAGUGGAAACAGCUAUCGAUGAUGGUAACUUUACAGAGGUGCUGGAUCCAGAGGCUGGUGAUUGGCCAAUAAAAGAGACAAAAGAACUAGCUCUGCUGGGACUGAGUUGUGCCGAACUUCGUCGCAGAGACAGGCCAGAUUUGAAGGAUAUAGUUCUUCCUGUGCUGGAGAGAUUAAAAGACAUUGCUGAUCAGGCUCGAGAUUCGGUGUCAACUGGUCAGAAAUUUCCUCCUAACCACUUUAUAUGCCCCAUACUCAAGGAAGUGAUGGAUGAUCCUCAUGUCGCUGCUGAUGGGUACACUUACGACCGCAAGGCAAUAGCGAAGUGGUGCGAGGAGAAUGAUAAAUCACCGAUGACAAAUUUACCCUUGUCGGAUAAGAGCCUCAUACCAAAUUAUACAAUUCUUUCUGCACUGCUAGAGUGGAAGGAAGGAAAACAAUAGAAUGUUAAUUUUCCAUGCGUGCUUGUAUAUGGUGUCUCAGUUGUGAAAAUAAAUUUCUAACAGUUGAAAUAACGUGCACCUGAUGAUUGUAAUUAUCAGGCGGCAAACAAUUAGCUCCAAAAUCUGAUCGUAUCUUUAUGAAUGCUACUCUGAUUUGAAUUCUAGUUUUAA